GUCUCACCACAAGAAAUCGACAGUUUGUGAGCGACAGACAGCAGCAGCAUGGCCAGCCGUGUGGAGCAUCCGGCAGCAGGCUACAAGAAACUCUUUGACACCGUGGAGGAGCUGAAUGAGCCAAUCCCGGCUAAAAUCACCGGGAAUUUACCAUCAUGGCUCGGCGGCAGUCUCCUCAGGGUGGGACCCGGUCUCUUUGAGAUCGGGGACCAACCUUUCCACCACCUCUUUGACGGACAGGCGAUCAUGCACAAAUUCGACCUGAAAGACGGUCGGGUGACUUACUUCAGGAAGUUCAUCAAAACAGACGCAUAUGUCCGUGCCAUGACGGAGAACAGGGUGGUCAUCACCGAGUUUGGCACCGCGGCGUACCCUGACCCCUGCAAAAACAUCUUCUCCAGAUUCUUCACUUACUUUAAAGGGAUCGAAGUGACUGACAACUGCAUGGUGAACAUUUAUCCAGUUGGCGAAGACUUCUACGCUGUUACAGAAACCAACUACAUUACAAAAGUGGAUCCCGACUCACUGGAAACGUUAAAGAAGGUGGACCUGUGUAAGUACCUGUCUGUGAACGGGGUGACGGCCCACCCCCACAUCGAGGCGGACGGGACCGUGUACAACAUCGGUAACUGCUUUGGAAAGAACAUGAGUCUGGCUUACAACAUUGUCAGGAUCCCACCUGCUCAGACAGACAAGUCGGACCCCUUGGAGAAAUCCCAGGUCAUUGUUCAGCUCCCAAGCAGUGAGAGAUUAAAACCCUCCUACAUACACAGUUUUGGUUUGACGGACAACUAUUUUGUCUUCGUGGAGCAGCCGGUAAAAAUCAACCUGCUCAAGUUCCUGUCGGCUUGGAGCGUCAGAGGUGCGACAUACAUGGACUGCUUCGAAUCUAACGAGACCAUGGGGACAUGGUUCCACCUGGUCACGAAGGAGCCGGCGGCACACCUGAGCGACCACAAGUUCCGAACGUCAGCUUUCAACAUCUUCCAUCAUAUCAACGCCUACGAAGACCAGGGAUUCAUUGUCGUCGAUCUCUGCGUGUGGAAAGGUUUUGACUUUGUGUACAACUACCUGUACCUGGCCAACAUAAGGAAGGAGUGGGAGGAGGUUAAGAAAGCUGCCCUGAAAGCCCCUCAGCCCGAGGUCAGGCGAUAUGUUCUGCCUCUGGAUAUACACAGCGAGGACCAAGGAAAGAACUUGGUCUCUCUGUCCUACACGACUGCGACGGCUGUUCUUCGUAGUGACGGAACUAUCUGGUUGGAACCUGAAGUCAUCUUGUCACAACCAAGACAAGCAUUUGAGUUUCCCCAGAUUAAUUACUCUCACUGUCGCGGGAAGAAAUAUUCCUUCACUUACGGCCUGGGACUCAACCACUUCAUCCCAGACAAGAUCGUCAAAUUAAACGUGCAGACCAAAGAGACGUUGGUGUGGCAGGAGGACGAAUGUUACCCGUCUGAGCCUCUGUUUGUACCAACUCCAGGAGCUGCACAGGAGGAUGACGGUGUGUUGCUGAGUAUUGUCGUGAAGCCAGGAGCAGAAAGACCAGGCUUCCUGCUGGUGUUGGAUGCCAGAAGACUGACGGAGCUGGCCAGGGCAGAGGUGGAGGCCAUCUUCCCAGUGACCUUACACGGCUUCUACAAACCAUGAUGCUCAAGUCCUUCCCAAAUAUGUGACACGCAUGUCAGUAUUCAAUAGUCGUCGUGUCUGCUAUUCCAUUUUUAGAUUGGAAAUGAGCUCAAAAUGUAUACUGUUGAGCCUCACUUUUAUUAUUAUAACCUUUGGCGUUGUUAAGCCUAUUUUUUUUUACAUCAGUUGGUGUGAUUUUUAUUUUUUUAUUUUUUUUUUUUUUACAAAAAAAUGCAGACAUUUAAUAUAAAUAUGCAAGAAUAUGAGUUUAAAUUAAUAAUAAUAUAAAUAAGCUGUCGUUAUUAAUUAUGAUUAUAUUUUGUAUGAAGACCCUUCAUCAGUGUUAAUUAUCCAAUACAAUACGUUCCAUCAGUAAAACCCGCAUCACUAUACUGAAAUAAGUGAAUUUUAAUUAUAUAGCGCUUUUCUCUAGUGACUCAAAGCGCAUUUACAUAGUGGAACUCAAUAUCUAAGUUACAUUUAAACCAGUGUGGGUGGGCACUGGGAGUGUCUUGCCCAAGGACACAAGGGCAGUGACUAGGAUGAGGGAAGCGGGGAUCGAACCUGGAACCCUCAAGUUGCUGGCACGGCCACUCUACCACCCGAGCUACACUUGUGCAUUUUUGGCAAUUUUAAUGAUUCUGUAUACUAGUGUUGUCCCGAUACACAUAUUUUGGUACUGGUACCAAAAUUAUUUCGAUACUUUUCUAAAUAAAGGUGACCACAAAAAAUG